GGAUUUCCCAACAGGGAUUGUGUUGCUUGCCUCGCCUGUGCUUUUUAAUGAUGACGUAAAGAUGACCAUCCUUUGCAUAUAUUAUUCAUAUUUGGCUUCAGACGUUUGGAGAUUUACCGCUGCUCUUUAAUGUAAUCGUGAUCCACCAGUAGCAGCAUCAUCUCACGAUUAAUUCCUUCCCAUAAUGCCUCGCGCUAGUGCUCGCUGACGCUGUCUGUGGUGCUGAAGCUGCUCUCGCCGGCGGCAAGAGUUCUCCUGCUCCAGCAUCACCUCCGCGCAAAGGCGUUACGCGCUGGUCAACGAGAGACAGCCUCGAUCACCUAUUUAAGUCUGUUCUUGUCUCUUUUAACGCGUUUUAAUAGUCGGGAAUCCUUAGUGUUGUAUUUAGCUCCCCACUGGAAGAUACUAUCCGGUCGCGCGUGUGUUGUUCAGCUCCAGUUUGGCUCGCAUCCUUUAUGCAGAGCACGCUGCUCCAGCCCUUAAAGCGAACACAGGCACCCGUGUCGGAACAGCAUGGCUUCCUGAACGAGAUGGAAGCGAAGCAGCACUCGAUCAAGAGCCUGAAAAGCUAUCCGGAGGCUGGGGGCCGGAGUCUGGCGGCGGCGGCGGGUGGGGACGGAGGAGGUUAUCGCCUCGGCGGCGCGGAGAUGGAGAUGGAAGCGAAAAUACAGAAAGCGAUCGACUUCAAGCUGGAGGGUCACCGAUGCUACAAGGAGAAGAAAUUCCGGGAAGCUAUUGGGAAGUAUCACAGGGCGCUGCUGCAGUUGAAAGGGAUCCAUGUCGUCGACGGGACCACUGGAUCCGAGGUGAACCUCCUGAACCAAGCCGCGGCCAAGCUGACGGAGGAGCAGCGGCGAGCGGUGGAGAGCACCGAGAUCGAAUGCUACGACAGUCUGACAGCGUGCUUGCUGCAGUCGGAGCUGGUGAAUUAUGAGCGGGUUAAGGAAUACUGUUUGAAGGUACUCGGACACCAGCAGGAUCACUUUAAGGCCAUGUACCGUGCUGGGAUUGCCUUCUACCACCUGGGAGACUACGAGUGUGCCCUGCGUUACCUACACGAUGCCAAGUGCCGUGAACCCACAGACACAAACGUGCUGCGAUACAUCCAGCUGACAGAGAUGAAGAUGAGUAAGACCGGUCAGCAGAUGCGUGAGAGUGGGAAAGAGUCAUUGGGUUAAUUCGGCCCGACCCCCCCUCCAUACCACAACCUAACCCUGAUUAAAAAAACUCUCUUCUCAAGUCUCUCCCCUUUUUCCCAUGAUUCUCCCCAUCCCUUGAACAACCAGGAUACAUGUGCUGCGGCCUUCUCUGAAAGCGGAUUCGAAACGGGCACAGCACCCCGCGACUGUCUUUUCUCGCGCUGAGAUUUCUCUGUCCCUUUAAAUGCAACGUCCCCGGUGCUUUUCAUUUCCCAGGUAUUGAGAAAAUGAGUGAUGAACAAAGACCACGAAGACGGAAAAAGAAGAAAUGCUUUGUUAUUAUGAUACAAACAAUGGGGCUCUGGCAUUACAAUUUAAAAUUACGUGAUCGAAUGAGGAUAUCAACAUAUUUUGAAUGAAAAACAUGGGUGGCAGAAUUGAAUCUGUUUGUGGAGAAAAGCAUGAAAGCACAUGAAUCAGAGCCACACUGCUACUUAAGCGCAGAAGAUGAAGGUCAACGAUUAGGCUAGUGACCUUUGAACUCACUCUGAUCCACUGAGAAGCACUCUCUCUACUCAAUACAGAAGAGAAGCGGAGAGGUCGAUGUUCAAUUCACGCUCACCUGCCAGCGCCUGUUACUUUCUGUCUCCUUUUUCUCUCUCUUGAAUUUGGGCAUAUCUCAACUAAAUUUCUGAACUGUUUCAAUUCAAGGGCUAAUUCAAGUGUUUGUAAUUUGUCCUUUGACCUCGAUUUUGUUUUGCCUCUCGGUUUGCUGUACUAUAGUGGUUUGAGCAAGUUGUUAUCUAUCCCUUUCUCAAAGCUACAACAUCCUCUGUACUAAUGUUAGCAGGUGUUUUGUGAACUUUGUUGUCCAUUUCCCAUAUACUGGACUGUGUCAUAACCCCUCCCCCUUAAGAGAAGAGUGCUUCCUGAUGAUGUCACAAUGGUUAUGCAGCCUGUUGGAAUAUUAUUAACUAAUGGAGCCAUAUUGAAAACUCUUGUGUUUCUACAAGAAACGGGAAAAAGUGCUUGAUAGAGGUCUGCUAAACUUACAUUAUAUAUCUACUCCAAAAGAUCAGUGUUACAGCACAGUGGUAAGUAAAAAGACAAAAAUGCUGUGUUGACUCUGAGAAUUGUAGUUUUGACAACCAUUAAGCAUUUACGCGUAUGUCCUCUUCUUAAUGUUAUGCUUUUUUUGAGCUUUGGUAUGGAAACUGAUGAUGUUUUGUUCAUUGAGGCAGCAUCUCCAGUGGAUUCGUUUGAAUGUGAAGACGCCUUUGACAGCACACAGUUUGGAAUAAUGGCUUUGAGGAGAUGGGGACAGACAGAUGAAAUUAUCCAUCUGACCUAAUAUAAGAGAUUUAAUUGUGUCAGUGGGACUCUGGGGAUGUUGUGCCAUGGUUUCACAUGAGAAGACGCACUGAUGAGAUUCAGAACACAUAGCAGACCAUACAACCUAAUCUCUCUGAGCAGUGACACUUGAGGAUAUGGUGACCAAAUUAGGUGCAUUCGGUUACUUUUUCUUAAUUU